ACGCCACCAUCCAAGAGCACCUUCUACUAUCGUCGUACCCUUGCUCAUACUGAGCGCACUCUCCUUACAAUCAAGCGCGCACAUCUCACUGCUGUAGAGUGAGCGUUCCAUCGCUCACCGCUCGCCGGCAGGUCAUGCUUUCAGAAAAUCUGCGCCUCGAACCGCUCGAGUUACGCACUAUUCUCUGCGAGAGAUGCGGCUCCUCGAUAUCCGUACAAGCGGCAUCUGUGCCCCUGCGCACUCUGCGAUCGCAAGUAGUCCCAGAGGGUGGCGAGAUCACCGACGUUCAGCACGCGAUCCACCUUAACGAGGACGCUGCAUCUAGCCUGGAAGGUGCUAUCGAGAGAGCUCAGGCGAUCCUUGACGAUCUUCGCGCACAGCACAGUACCGUCGUCCUCAACAUGGCGCGGCAGCGCGCCUUACUUGCCCCUAUCCGACGACUCCCUCGCGAAAUUAUUACCGCGAUCCUCGGGCUUGUGAUAUCGCACUCCUUCAACCGCAGGCCUAACACGACGCGGUCAGUCAUGCACCACUCUGUAAUGCGUGUCUGCCAUCUCUGGCGUGCGGUCAUACAGUCUUUCCCGCCUGUAUGGGCGAACAUCGUACUGUUCCCUCUCAGCGAUCCGUUCUGGCACAGGACUCUGCGCGCAUGCUUGCAAUAUUCGGGCUCCUGCCCCUUGGACAUAUAUUUCGGCAGUGAUUAUUCACGGGAGCAUUAUCGACAGCGGCUGAAAGACGCUGGGCGCAGAAAGGUUCCCCAAAGCGAGUGGGCUGCCGUCGCUCGUCCGCUCCUCAGAAGCGCUUGUCGUUGGAGAAGUAUACACCUGGAGUACCUAGAGUUACCGCUGAGCGUCUUUGACAACAAGAGGAUCUCGCUACCUCUGCUCACAAACCUCAUCCUCGAUCAUGCAGACCUCAGUAAAGGGUUGUUCGAGCAUAGUCCUGCGCUAUCUGACGUACGCCUGGAGGGAAUGGAGCAAAGGCACUUGAUCCUCCCCUGGGAUCGGUUGGAAACGCUCGAGAUCAUCAACAUAGGCUACAAGCACGAUAGACAGUGCAUGGAUAUGCUACAUCUGUGCGUCAACCUGAGGCACCUCACCAUCGACUGUCGAGAGGAGCACCUCGAGCGACGCGAUGUGCAUCUGCCUCUGUUGGAAACCAUCAUCGAAAAAAGGGCAGGGGGUGUCCUGCAGUCACUGCGCGCACCUCGGCUGCACCAGAUCAGCAUCGGCGACUCGCAGGGGAUGGAUGUGCUGCUGGAUUUCCGGACAAGGAAUCCCGAAGCAGAAACUACUGUCUCUCACCUCUCAUUCUACGUCGGCGGGUUGGCAGAACGUGACUGGAAAGCUUUCUUCAGAUCCUUCUCCAGCAUCGCCCAUCUGGAUACGCGAUUCGAACGAACGUUGGGAAGACGAAGGGCCGGCGCCCUUAUUUACGUCCCUCGCAGACGCACUGACUGACCGUGCUGGGCAAGCAGUACCGAGCCUCAGAGAGCUGGUUCUGCCGGACUUCGCGGUCCUGGACAUGGGUGACAUGCGAAUGCUACAAAAGCUUGCGAGGGAGCGGACAACGAAUCGCUCGAUAGGCGUGGCCAAGUUGGAGGAGAUUCAGAUCGGCAAUCCGUACUCUAUCGAAUUCGGUACAUACUUCGACGACCUGCGAGCUCAAGGCGUCAAUAUCCCUGAAUCUCCUGGCUUCACCUUCGACCCAGCAGAUUAUGCAACAAGCUCCGGGUACGAAUCUGAUCUAGGUGAAGGGAAAGGGCCCAUUACACACAUAAGUACAUCGGACUGUGAUGACGACAAGGAGAUCCAGCGCCGUAGUACAUGUUUCCAGUACUUGAGAUAGGAUUUUCAUGAACUCUACCUGUUCCCGCGCUCGCGAAUAUACAGUAUGCGCUGCAACAUUCUUGAAAUGAUUACUUACAACGAGCGCACUUCGUUGCGUCG